AAAGCGUCUCUUCAGAACUCCAUUUAAAAGCUCAAUUGCACAUCUUGUUUUGCAAUGAGUAGUGUUGAUGAAUACACAGAUGUGGUUCUGGACAUUAUUGGAGGUGAAAACUAUAAAGCUCUGCAUGGGAUUCGAGGUGUUGUAGGGGAUGGUGAGCCUACGAUUGUAAAGGAAAGUGAGGAAACAUUCAUUCUGGAUCUCAGCCCUACUGUAUUAUUGAAAUACAACCUGGACCCUCACUGGUAGAGCCAGCAGUCACAGGAGCUCAGAAAAGACACUUGAAGCGUCCUUUGUGCGUCCACAAUGUAUUUGUUAAUGUAUAUUUGUUUUUUUUAUUUUUGGUGACUCAGAUGAGGGUUCAUAAAAGAAAAAGAAAUUUUUUGUGUUUUGUCUCAAAAUUAAAAACUCUUACAGUAAUCCCAUAUUGGUUCUUCUACCUGUUCUUCACAUAGCUGGUAGCACAUGUUGUGAUAUGUUGUCCCAUUUAGAGCACAGGUAAUCUGGAUUUGGUAAUCUUGAAAACUGUGUAUCUGGAUCAGGGUGAUCCAAUCCAAUGUUGCUUUGAAAAACCGGCAUAAAAGUAAGACGGAUUACCUGAUCCUGAAUAGGAAAAAAUGUGAUUUCCAAAUCCGGAUCAUUUUGAUCCAGAUUAAACUUUUUGAACAACUGGCCCCAAAUGAUUAAUAGGUUUCAGUAAAGCUGCUUGAGGGUGCACAUUGUGAAAACCUAAUACACUGUAAAAUCGAACCUAAUCGACUAAUUGAGCUAAUGUCAACCACAUGUUUGGUGUUGUUUCUUAACAGAAUUAUUAGAACUGUUAUUAUUGAUGCUCCAUCAUAUUUAAUGGAGGGGAGGGAUAUUGAAUAUUUGUUAUUUACCCUUUAUGUCCCAAAGUUCAGACUUCAUGUCAGUGAUUAACCAACAGACCUAAGCUAAACCUCCCCUCUCUCUACCCCAUUCAUGAUCUCUGUUCCCGUCUGUUUAUUUGGACUGUAAAAGUUGGACAGAACCUUAGAGUUGCAAGUAUUAGCAUCCUUAAAAAGGUGUCAUUGAUGGAAAGCACUUGUUUGUGUUUGUAUGUAGAAUGACUGUAUGUGAGUUGUGUUUGUGAAAACACCAUAGUGUGUGUUUGUUUGCAGAGUAAGCACAGCCAAUUCCUCAAACUGAAAAAAGAUAAAGCUAAAAUGGAUCACUGUUACAACUAUUCAGAUUAGAGAAUCUGUUAAAUACAGGGAUCUUGGUACUUAACUGAUUGAAUAAAUAUUCUCUCUUAUUUCGCUUCUUUAACUAGUAUAAGUUCAGUAGAGAUGUAUUUUCUUUAUCGGCCACCUGCAUUCCAUCGUUUUCUAUCUCUGCGGCUCAUGAGCAUGGCUGACCCGCAGUCUCUGGUGGUAAAGCGUGGAAGUGGUGACCUCUGUAAGCCUUCUGCCUUUCUGACAUUUGAGGACCCGCAAGCAUUUAAGGUGAAGAGUUUUGGGGAACUCAUCCGAGCACUGGGAGUCUUCAGGCUUUGCUCAUUCCCUCUGCUGGUUAGCAACUGUGGUAAGUUAAUGACCAUUGCAAGGAUGGUGUUGGGUAAGCGAGUUUUCUCAAUGGUCCUGCGUCAAUCUGUGUACGCUCAGUUUGUUGCUGGGGAAACUGAAGGGGAGAUUGCAGAAUCCAUGCAAAAGAUUGCCUCAUUUGGGCUUCACCCCAUGCUGGCUGUUCCUAUCGAAGAGGACCUAGGAGAAAGCACUGGGGAACGUCGAUAUGAGGACAACCUCGUAGCCAUGUUGGAAUGUGUGCACAUGUCUCACAGUAAAGGCUGGAGUAAAAAUCCAAUGAUGCAACUGAAGAUCACAGCACUUCUUAGACCUGAGCUGUGUGUUAAACUGACUUCCCUGUUAAGGACUAAACAGUAUGAUCUAAACUUGCUUAUUAGAGCCAUGGAAGGAGAGCAAAUCCCAUUUUCUGGCCUAUCAGAGAGUGAAAACGCACAUUUCCUGUGUGGCCUUCAGAGACUCAACAAAAUAGGAGAGGCCAGUGCUGAUAAAGUCCGUGUUCUGGUGGAUGCUGAGUACACAUAUAUAAACCCUGCUCUUUCACUCAUUACCAUGGCCAUGAUGAAGAAGUUCAAUCAACAAAGUGCCUGGAUCUGGAACACAUACCAGUGCUAUCUUAAGGAAUCAAGGACCUUGUUGCUUGAUGCCAUUCAGACAUCUGCUGAUCAGAUGUUUUGUCUUGGUGUAAAACUUGUCAGAGGUGCUUAUAUGGACAAAGAGAGGAAUCUAGCAAAAAAGGAGGAGCGGACAGAUCCGAUACAUGAAUCAUGGGAGAAAACUAAUGAAAGUUAUAAUAGAUGUCUGGAGAUUAUGCUCAACCUCAUUUCUGAGAAACCUGAACGCUAUAUGAUUAUUGUUGCAACUCACAAUGAAGAAUCAGUCAGGCGGACAGUAACACGAAUGUUAGAGUUGGGGAUCAACAGGGACAGUAGCUCUGUCUGUUUUGGUCAACUACUGGGGAUGUGUGACCAUGUCUCUCUCACUCUUGCUCAGCAUGGUUUCUCAGUGUACAAGUCAGUGCCAUAUGGGACAGUGGACGACACACUGCCGUAUCUGGUGCGGAGAGCUCAGGAGAACCGUACAGUGCUCCAGGGCAUCCGUAAGGAAAGAGACCUGCUGAGACAGGAGCUGCGCCGCAGAGUUAGAGAGAAGAUCACAGCAGCCAAAUAAACACAAUUCACAAAGGAUACAACGCAGUGUGAAAUUCAGUACAAAAGCUUAUUUUUAUACAUUCAUUACUUGAAUUACAACCCCAAAUCAGAAAAAGUUGGGACACUGUAGAAAUUGUGAGUAAAAAAGGAAUGGAAUAAUUAACUAAUCUCAUAAACUUAUAUUUUAUUUACAAUAGAAUAUAAAUAACAUAUCAAAUGUUGAAAGUGAGAUAUUUUGAAAUGUCAUGCCAAAUAUUAGCUCAUUUUGGAUUUCAUGAGAGCUACACAUUCCAAAAAAAUUUAAAGCUUAAGGACUAAUUUGCAACUGAUUAGGUCAGUUGGCAACAUGAUUGGGUAUAAAAAAGCCUGUCAGAGUGGCAGUGUCUCUCAGAGGUCAAGAUGGGCAGAGAAUCACCAAUUCCCCCAAUGCUUCGGCGAAGAAUAGUUUUCUGAGUUUCUCAGAGAAAAAUUGCAGAGAGUUUGAAGUUAUCAUCAUCUACAGUGCAUAAUAGCAUCUGAAGAUUCAGAGAAUCUGGAACAAUCUCUGUGCGUAAGGGUCAAGGCUGGAAAACCAUACUUGAUGCCAGUGAUCUUCGGGCCCUUAGACGGCACUGCAUCACAUACAGGAAUGCUACUGUAAUGGAACUCAUAACAUGGGCUCUGGAAUACUUCCAGAAAACAUUGUCAGUGAACACAAUCCACCGUGCAAAUCGCUGUUGCCAGCUAAAACUCUAUAGGUCAAACAAGAAGCCAUAUCUAAACAUGACCCAGAAGCGCAGGCGUUUUCUUUGGGCCAAGGAUCAUUUAAAAUGGACUGUGGCAAAGUGGAAAACUGUUCUGUGGUCAAACAAAUCAAAAUUUGAAGUUCUUUUUGGAAAACUGGGACGCCAUUUCAUCCGGACUAAACAGGACAAUGACAACCCAAGUUGUUAUUAGCGCUCAUUUCAGAAACCUGCAUCUCUGAUGGUUUGGGGUUGCAUGAGUGCGUGUGGCAUAAUCAGCUUACACAUCUGGAAAGGCACCAUCAAUGCUGAAAGGUUUAUCCAAGUUUUAGAGCAACAUAUGCCCUCAUUCAGAUGUCGUCUCUUUCAGGGAAGACCUUGCAUUUUCCAACAUGACAAUGCCAGACCACAAACUGCAUCAAUUCCAACAUCAAGACUGCAUAGAAGAAGGAUCUGAGUACUGAAAUGGCCAGCCUGCAGUCCAGAUCUGUCACCCACAGAAAACAUUUGGUGCAUCAUAAAGAGGAAGAUGCGACAAAGAAGACCUAAGACAGUUGAGCAACUAGAAGCCUGUUUUAGACAAGAAUGGGACAACAUUCCCAUUCCUAAACAUUGGUCCUCCUCCAGCUGUUCCUUCAUAUGUACAUUUAAAUUUUCUGGCCUCUUAUUGCUACCUGUCCCAACUUUUUUUUGGAAUGUGUAGCUCUCAUGAAAUCCAAAAUUAGCCAAUAUUUGGCAUGACAUUUCAAAAUGUCUCACUUUCUACAUUUGAUUUGUUAUCUAUAUUCUAUUGUAAAUAAAAUAUAAGUUUAUGAGAUUAGUAAAAUAUUCCAUUUCUUUUUUUACUCACAAUUUCUACAGUGUCCCAACUUUUUCCGAUUUGGAGUUGUAUAAAAGUGUAUUUUUCCUGCACAUGUGGAAAUUAGAAAUACUCCCACCUGGAGGACAUUUGUAAUAAUUCAAAGUCAACUUGAAAUGAAUAAUAUUUUUUCCCAUUUCACCACUUCUAAAAUACUUUUUUUUAUUUACUAUAGGUUUUUUUAUAACUUUAGUCUCUAUGAGAAAUACAAAGCUCUGAGCUCCUCCAGUAUUUCAGAAAGCAAGGGUUCUAACUCUUUACUUUUCAUAAUAACAUUGAUAUUUGCAUGCCCAAAGUUUUUAACCAUACUAAAAUCUCACAUCACUAUUUUUCAGUUUAAUCAAAAGUCUCUGUUGAUGUUUUUAAAGCAUUUUCGCAUUAUUUGCCAUGAAAGAGAAAUGCCAUGAUGACUCAUGUCCAUAAUGUUGCUUCUUCCUCAAAAAUAAAAUGUUCUUUGAAGAGCCAUCCUUUC